CUGACGUUUCGUUUGUUUUUCAAGUAAAGGGUGUAAAGUUGAGGGUGUGUUCGUGGCUUAAAUUUUAUGUUUCAUUUAGUAAUUUUAAUUGAAACAAGGAAAUAAUGCAUUUAAAUGCUGAUAUUUCGAGUGCUUUACAGUUACUAGAAGAUAUAAAACAGACAGUGGAUGAAUUGAGCGAUCCGAAACUUCAAGUAAACACAUAUCAAGACUUAUGUUUAUUAAUCUCAGUUUUGGAGAAUCCCGUAUUUCGAAGCGUAGUCACCGUUCAAGACUCUUUAAGCGAACUGAACCAACAACUCGGCGAGCAUCCCUCCAUUUUACCUGUAGAUUUCGAUAUCACAGCAUCUGGCGAAUUGGUAUUAAACGUUCCACCCUCGGGGGAGUUGUACGACCCCGACUAUGCCGACGACUACCAACCGGCCCGUGAUUUCGACGAGCAGCGCGUGCCCUCAGCCCCCAUCUCGCCCAGCUCGCCCCACGUGCAUCCGUUCAACACCACUGACAAUAAAAUGAUACUCCUUAAUAGCAAAACGCUAAAUGGGAGCAUUUGCAACCAGGAAACGCUGCGUUUUGGGGCUAGCGACGACGACGUCAUACACAGAUCCCCGUCGAUAGGUAGCGACGCCUCCAAAACGGGCUCGGACAGCCUACUUAGCAGUGAAUGGUCGCAAGUUGAGAGCAUUGAUCUUAUCAACGAUGGGACGGGGCUGGGGUUCGGCAUCGUCGGGAUGAGGAACAUGGGGGUUGUCGUCAAGACCAUACUGCCAGGGGGAGUGGCCGACAGGGACGGCCGGCUGCAAAGCGGAGACCACAUUUUGCAGAUCGGUGAUGUGAAUUUGCACGAGAUGGGUUCUGAGCAAGUGGCAACUGUUUUACGACAAUCUGGCACUCAUGUGCGUCUCGUGGUUGCAAGACCGAUUGAUAUUAGCUCUCCCGAAUAUAAGUAUUUAGGUUCUUCAGCUCCGCUUGUGCCUACACGACUUCUAAACGAUUCAAUUGAAUUAGAUCGUUAUUUGAUUCAGCACAAAUAUCCUCCAAUCUUCCACAAAGCUAUGGACCAAAUAACCGAUCUCUAUCAAUUCGAACAGUCAAAAAGUUAUACGGGAUUAUCACGUGUGCCAGCAUCUCCGUCUUUGCCACUUUUAAACUUGGAUAUGGCGGUAAAAAUGCCUGAAAUGGAGAAAUUCGUCGUGGAAUUGAAAAAAGACGUGAAGGGAUUGGGGAUUACCAUCGCGGGUUACGUAUGCGAGAAGGAGGAAUUGUCGGGGAUUUUCGUCAAGAGUGUGAGUAAAGGGAGUGCAGCGGAUGUAAGCGGGAGGAUUAAAGUGAAUGAUCGAAUCGUGGAAGUGGAUGGUCAAUCAUUGCAAGGAUACACGAAUCUUCAAGCCGUUGAGGUUUUGAGGAAUUGCGGAAAUGUGGUAAAAUUAUGUUUGGAGCGAUAUUUACAUGGUCCAAAAUUCGAACAACUUCAACAAGCAAUAGCAGCUAGUGAGAUAAAACCAGCAACACCAUCAAGUCCAACUGAAGUGCCACGAUAUCCUAAGGCCGAAGAUGGGAAUUUUAUGCGUAACGAUGAUGCAGUUGAGGCAAAAAAUGAGCUGUUUUGCGGGCAAGAUAAGCCGACCCCGUUGUCAGAAGAGGAAAUUAAGAAAAAGUGGGAGAAACUAAUGGGUCCUGAGACUAAAAUAGUGGUCGCACAAUUGACUAAAUUUGGUGAGAAAGGCGGCUUAGGGAUUAGUCUUGAGGGAACUGUUGACGUCGAAGACGGACAAGAAGUGCGUCCGCAUCAUUACAUAAGAUCGAUUUUGCCGGAAGGACCGGUGGGUAAAAACGGAACGUUGAGAUCCGGCGAUGAACUUUUGGAAGUAAAUGGACACAAACUCCUCGGAAUGAACCACCACGAGGUUGUGUCAAUACUAAAAGAACUUCCGAUAAAUGUAUGUAUGGUUUGUGGGAGAAGUCCGGUGAAUUUAUUCGAGCAACGGUCUUCCGAAGAGUCUGCGUUUUCGGAAAGAGCCGCUCUUAAUAGAAGCCUCCAUAAUCUGCUCCCCGCUUCCGAUAGAUUAGUUAAAGCGAAGUCAGAUGGUUCUUUAGCGAGUAGUAUAGCAGCGGUUAGUUCGGAGAGUUCUUUCAAUAAGAUGAAAUCGAGAUCGUUGGAACCGCUCACGGGGUUAGCUAUGUGGAGUUCAGAACCGCAAAUUAUAGAACUGGUUAAAGGCGAGAGAGGUCUUGGAUUUUCAAUUUUAGAUUAUCAGGAUCCUAUUGAUCCAAAUGAUACUGUCAUUGUUAUUAGAAGUUUAGUACCAGGUGGGGUAGCCCAGUUAGAUGGAAGAUUAAUACCUGGCGAUCGUUUAUUGUUUGUUAAUGACACAGUAUUAGAAAAUGCCUCUUUAGAUCAAGCUGUACAAGCACUUAAAGGGGCUCCUAAAGGUAUUGUUAGAAUAGGAGUUGCCAAACCUCUGCCAAUUCCAGACACAGUUGCUCACAGUUCAUUAGUAGAUGUCGAUCAAAAUAGAUUUGUUACAAGUAAUUCUAAAAAUGUAGAAUAAGAUAAGUGAUAUAAACGAAUUAUGGCGUCUAAUCCUACUCUAAACAGGCAAAUGCCUUUUACAUCGGGAAUAGACAAUAUUAUUGUUUCUAAAUUUUUAUAACAAAAUUUUAAGAUUAGGAAGCCAUUUCACAUUUUGCUUGAUCUGAUCUAUGUGAUAUUCUCUUGCUUUUAGUUUAUUAUAUUAACACCUAUGUUAGAAAUGUACACAUAUUUAUUAUACUAUUGUAUAAUCCCUCUGUAUUUUAUUACAUGUUUUCUACUAGUUUACGCAUUUUAUUCGUUUUAUUGUACUUACUUACAUUUAUUAGACAAUAUUAUAAAUAAAAACUUG